CCUCAAAAUGAACAACCACCCCCAGAGCGCGAACAGCAAGCGCAAUCGCAGGAGAGGCAGAACAAGAGAGCCGAUGAAGAGGAGUCCUCUGUCAGGACUGUCAAUCCCCAGGCGAGGAACGACACCCUGGAGCAGUUGUUAGCGCAGGUGCGAGAUUUGCAGGCUCGAGUCGAGGGGAGAAAAACAGGAAGCUCGAGGGGACACCCUUUUUCACAGCAUAUUCUAGACGCUGACCUGCCGCAUGGGUUUAGAGAACUUAACAUCUGGUACGUCGGGUCGACUGACCCCUCUCGACACCUGAGGAGUUUUGAAAACAUGGCAGUACUCCACCGCUACAAUGAUCCCGUUCAAUGUCGAGCGUUCCUGACGACUCUGCGAGGACCUGCCCAAGACUGGUUUCAUCAAUUGCCCCCAGGAGCCGUCAGGGACUUUGAUGGAUUUAGUUCAA